AUGGUGUUUAAGUUCCUGAAGUUGGAUAGGCUGUCGAAGUCGACCGUCAGAACAGUCGCAAUCGCAUUUGGAAUCUCGAAUGGAAUAGUAUUCUGCUACACAUACAAGACUCUAAGGGACAACAGGCCAAAGUUUGUAGAUAAGGGUCGACCUCCAGAAUCGCACAGGAUGGCCAUUUUUAACAAUAUGGCCAGCACGUACGACUCACUCUUCGACAAGCCCUUAGAGGCCAACAAGGUCAAUAAGGCUAAAAGGGUCAUACUGAAGAGCGCCAAGGGCCACGUUCUUGACGUGGCAUCCGGCACCCUGAACAACCUACCUUUCUAUAAGAACCUAGAGAGUCUCACAGCCAUAGAUAAGUCCCCUAACAUGUGUUACGAGAUGAGGAAAAAGAUAGGUAUGUUUGCAAUUGUUCUUGGUCCAAGGGAGAAACCGGAUUUUCCAGUGGUUGUAAUCCUAGGGGAUGUUCAGAGAAUACCCUUCAGAUCCUCUAGCUUUAACACGGUGGUGAGCACGCACACCCUAUGCUCAGUGGAGGACCCGGAGGCGAUGGUGUCGGAAAUCGAAAGAGUGAUGAAGCCCAGCGGGAAGCUACUGGCGGUGGAAAGAGGAAGGAUCUACUACGCGCCGCUGAGGAAACUGAUGCAAGCCCUGAAAAUAUACCCGAACCCUGGAGUGCCCUGGAAAAACGGCUACUACGAGGACAGAGAUCCCAUGGCGCUGAUUAAGACGAAGCUGGAAGUGUCCAAGUACGGAAUCUCGGGAUACGGGAUAAACUACUCAGUAAUCGCAAGGAAGGUGAACCGGGAGUUCACGGGCCUCACUGAGGAGCCGCAGAUUCUCCCAGAGGCCAGAGUCUUUUACACGUACGUGCCGCUGAGGGAUUGA